UCUGAGCCUCAGCAUCCCCAGGCGUUCCCCAAGGGGAUGGUUUUGCAAGGUUCCUUCCUGUUCCCCAGCUCUGGAAAUUAUCAGGAUGUUAACGCGGGCGAGGGUAGCGAGUUUGCCGACAGCGGGAUCGAAGGGGCCACCACCGACACGGACCUCCUGUCCCGGCGAUCCAAUGCCACGAACUCCAGCUACUCGCCCCCCGCCGGCCGUGCCUUUGUGGGCAGCGACAGCGGCAGCAGCUCCACCGGGGACGCGGCCCGCCAGGGGGUGUAUGAGAAUUUUCGCCGGGAGCUGGAGAUGAGCACCACGAACAGCGAGAGCCUGGAGGAGGCGGGCUCCGCGCACAGUGACGAGCAGAGCAGCGGCACGCUGAGCUCCCCGGGCCAGUCCGACAUCCUGCUCACGGCCGCCCAGGGCACCGUGCGCAAGGCCGGCGCCCUGGCCGUCAAGAACUUCCUGGUGCACAAGAAGAACAAGAAGGUGGAGUCCGCCACGCGGAGGAAGUGGAAGCACUACUGGGUGUCCUUGAAAGGGUGCACACUCUUCUUCUACGAGGGCGACGGCAGGUCCGGGAUCGACCACAACAGCGUCCCGAAGCACGCCGUCUGGGUGGAGAACAGCAUCGUGCAGGCGGUCCCUGAGCACCCCAAGAAGGACUUCGUCUUCUGCCUCAGCAACUCCUUGGGCGAUGCCUUCCUCUUCCAGACCACCAGCCAGACGGAGCUGGAGAACUGGAUCACCGCCAUCCACUCCGCUUGUGCGGCCGCUGUCGCGAGACACCACCACAAGGACACGCUGCGGCUGCUGAAGUCGGAGAUCAAAAAGCUGGAGCAGAAGAUCGACAUGGACGAGAAGAUGAAGAAGAUGGGCGAGAUGCAGCUGUCUUCCGUCACGGACUCAAAGAAAAAGAAGACCAUCCUGGAUCAGAUCUUUGUCUGGGAGCAGAAUCUCGAGCAGUUCCAAAUGGACCUGUUUCGCUACCGCUGUUACCUAGCCAGCCUCCAAGGUGGGGAGCUGCCCAACCCUAAAAGGUUACUUGCCUUUGCAAGCCGACCAACCAAAGUGGCAAUGGGCCGCCUUGGAAUUUUUUCUGUAUCAUCUUUUCAUGCCCUGGUGGCUGCCCGCACUGGUGAAACUGGAGUCAGAAGACGUACUCAGGCCAUGUCCCGAUCCGCAAGCAAGAGAAGGAGCAGGUUUUCUUCUCUUUGGGGUCUGGACACUACCUCUAAAAAGAAGCAGGGACGCCCAAGCAUCAAUCAGGUGUUCGGUGAGGGAACUGAGGCUGUAAAGAAAUCUUUAGAGGGAAUAUUUGAUGACACUGUUCCAGAUGGCAAGAGGGAGAAAGAAAUGGUCUUACCUGCCGUCCACCAGCACAAUCCCGACUGUGACAUCUGGGUCCACGAGUAUUUCACCCCAUCCUGGUUCUGUCUACCGAACAAUCAGCCAGCCCUGACGGUCGUCCGGCCUGGGGACACGGCCCGGGACACCCUGGAGCUGAUCUGCAAGGCACAUAAACUGGAUCAUUCUGCUCAUUACCUGCGCCUGAAAUUUCUAAUAGAAAACAAAAUGCAACACUACGUGCCAAAGCCUGAGGAGGACAUUUAUGAGCUGCUGUACAAAGAAAUUGAAAUUUGUCCAAAAGUCACUCAGAACAUCCAGAUUGAGAAGUCAGAUACAGCUGGUGAUAAUUAUGGGUUUUCACUUUCUUCUGUGGAAGAAGAUGGUGUUCGAAGGCUCUACGUGAAUAGUGUAAAGGAAACUGGCUUAGCUUCCAAGAAAGGCCUGAAGGCGGGAGAUGAGAUUCUCGAGAUCAAUAAGCGGGCUGCGGGCACCCUGAACUCCUCUGUGCUCAGAGAUUUCCUCACACAGCCGUGCCUGGGCCUCCUGGUGAGGACCUGCCCCGAGCUGGAGGGAGGAGAAGAACUGCUGGAGAACCCGCCCCAUCGGCUGGACGGCCCGGCCGACCUCGGCGAGAGCCCCCUCGCCUUUCUCAGCAGCGACACAGGCCAGAGCCUCUGCAGCGAGCAGGGCAGCGGUGCGGAGGCUGCUCCGGAGGAGGCUGAGGGGCCGGACUUGGAAUCCUCAGAUGAUACUGAUCACAGCAGCAAGAGCACGGACCAGGUGGCCGCGUUCUGCCGCAGUCUGCACGAGAUGAACCCCUCUGACCCGAGCCCGUCCCCCCAGGACUCCACUGGGCCUCAACUGGCCACCAUGAGACAGCUCACGGAUGCUGAUAAGCUGCGCAAGGUCAUCUGCGAGCUCCUGGAGACAGAGCGCACCUACGUGAAGGACUUAAACUGUCUCAUGGAGAGAUAUCUAAAACCUCUUCAGAAAGAAACUUUUCUCACCCAGGAUGAGCUUGAUGUGCUCUUUGGAAAUUUAACCGAAAUGGUAGAGUUUCAAGUGGAAUUCCUUAAAACUCUGGAAGAUGGUGUGAGAUUGGUACCUGAUCUGGAAAAGCUUGAGAAAGUUGACCAAUUUAAGAAAGUGCUGUUCUCUCUGGGGGGAUCCUUUCUGUAUUACGCUGACCGCUUCAAGCUCUACAGUGCCUUCUGCGCCAGCCACACGAAGGUCCCCAAGGUCCUGGUGAAAGCCAAGACAGAUGCAGCUUUCAAGGCGUUCCUAGACGCCCAGAACCCAAAGCAGCAGCACUCGUCCACCCUGGAGUCUUACCUCAUCAAGCCCAUCCAGAGGAUCCUUAAGUAUCCGCUUCUGCUGAAGGAGCUUUUUGCUCUGACGGAUGCGGAGAGCGAGGAACACUACCACCUGGAUGUGGCCAUCAAGACUAUGAACAAGGUUGCAAGUCAUAUCAAUGAAAUGCAGAAAAUCCAUGAGGAAUUUGGGGCUGUGUUUGACCAGCUGAUCGCUGAACAGACUGGUGAGAAAAAAGAGGUUGCAGAUCUGAGCAUGGGAGACCUGCUGUUGCAUACCACCGUCAUCUGGCCAAACCCGCCCGCCUCGCUGGGCAAGUGGAAAAAGGAGCCUGAAUUGGCAGCGUUUGUCUUCAAAACUGCAGUGGUCCUUGUCUAUAAAGAUGGCGCCAAACAGAAGAAGAAACUAGUAGGAUCGCACAGGCUUUCAAUUUAUGAGGACUGGGACCCCUUCCGAUUUCGACACAUGAUUCCUACCGAAGCUCUGCAGGUUCGCGCUUUGGCCAGUGCAGAUGCGGAAGCAAACGCUGUGUGUGAAAUCGUCCACGUCAAGUCGGAGUCUGAAGGGAGGCCGGAGAGGGUCUUCCACCUGUGCUGCAGCUCCCCAGAGAGCCGAAAGGAUUUCCUGAAGGCUGUGCAUUCCAUCCUGCGAGAUAAGCACAGAAGACAGCUCCUCAAGACCGAGAGCCUUCCCUCGUCCCAGCAAUAUGUCCCUUUCGGAGGAAAGCGGUUGUGUGCGCUGAAGGGGGCCCGGCCGGCCAUGAGCAGGGCAGUGUCCGCCCCAAGCAAGUCUCUUGGGAGGAGGAGGCGGCGACUGGCCCGAAACAGGUUUACCAUUGAUUCCGAUGCCAUCUCCGCCAGCAGCCCGGAGAAAGACCCCCAGCAGCCCCCCGGUGGCGGGGACACUGACCGCUGGGUGGAGGAACAGUUUGAUCUUGCUCAGUAUGAAGAGCAGGAUGACAUCAAGGAGACAGACAUCCUCAGUGACGAUGAUGAGUUCUGUGAGUCGGCCAAGGGCGCCGCGGCGGACAGCGACCUGCAGGAGCGGCUUCAGGCCGCCUCCAUCACUCAGCGGGAGCGAGGCCGGAGGCCCCUGGACAGUCACGCGUCCCGCAUGACGCAGCUCAAGAAGCAAGCCGCCCUGUCGGGCAUCAACGGAGGCCCGGAGAGCACGAGCGAGGAGGUCAUUUGGGUUAGGCGCGAAGACUUUGCCCCCUCCCGCAAGCUGAACACUGAGAUCUGACUGUGUCACGUUCCCCCAUCCGUAGCGAGUCCGUGUAGAUACGUCUGCCGCCCCCCCACCCCACUCCACCGCCCCCUACA